UUGAGGUAAUCUUAUGAAACAACCAUACACAAUAAUUCACCCUGUCAUAGCUCAAUAGUAGGUUUGGGAGGUCUCCUAGCUAUAAAGAAGAGGAUAUCAAACCAGAAUCAAUACACGACGAUACCAUUGCAAAAAUGGAGCAAGAAGAUAGAAGUAUGAGCUAUUAUGCUUCACCUAUUCGAACAAACGAUCAUCAAGAAAAUACCUAUUCUAGAAAUGUUCGACGAAAGCUUUCUUCACCCAAUGUAACAUCUGCACCUGCUACUUUUAGUAAUUUACAACAAUCACCUAUCCAACGAUCACCUAUCCAACGAUCACCUAUUCAACGAUCACCUAUCCAACGAUCACCUAUUCAACGAUCACCAUCUAUUGGUCUAAGUACGCCUUUAACAGAUGCAGCAUCUUUAUUUCAUGAAGUUUCAACUAAAAAAGAAGGGGAAAGUGAUACUGGAAGUCUUGAACGAAAUGUGUCUCGUCUAAAUAUUGCAGUUGACAACUCAAAGAAAUAUAUACGAUCUACUAUGGUCUAUGAACCCAAUAGGAAAUCAGAUAGCAUGGAAUAUGAACACAAUUCACCACAGAGACAUUCACCUAUACAAAAAAAAGCAGACGAGUUUGCCUUUAAGGCACCAAGAAUCAACAAGCGUGAUCUCAAUGCUUUUUCACGGUACAAACAAAACCAACAAGAAUUACUAUUAAAUCCACCUCGCGAAAAAGAUGUGAUAUGUGUCAAUGGACGUAAUUAUACUAUUAUCAAAGAAAUUGGUAGAGGCGCUUCAGGAAAGGUCUACCAAGUCUUGUGUAAUGAAUAUAACGAGAUAUUUGCACUUAAGUGGAUUGAAAUCAAGAAGCCUGAAGAUAGGCAGAGUAUUAUGGAAGAAAUAGAACUGUUGAAAUCACUGGAUACCAACGAGAACAUUGUAUCUUUACUGGACCACCAUAUUUCAUCGCAUGUUAUUCAUAUGGUGAUGGAAUUGGGUGAAAUGGACUUGGCUAAUUUACUGCAUAAACAAAAGAAAAAAGCUUGGAAUAUCAAUUUUGUACGGUACUAUUGGGAUCAAAUGCUCAAGUGUGUCAAUGCUAUUCAUCAUAGCAAGAUUGUUCAUUCUGAUCUUAAGCCUGCUAAUUUUGUAUUAGUCAAGGGCUAUCUAAAGCUGAUUGAUUUCGGUAUUGCCAAAAGAGUAGCUGAUGAUUCUACUAAAAUCCUUAGGGAUACUCAGGUUGGCACACUGAAUUAUAUGUCACCAGAAGCUUUGAUGGAUAUGAAUGAAGGUCGAACAGAUGCAGAGAGUCUGGUACGAUUAGGCACACCAAGUGAUGUGUGGUCUUUAGGCUGUAUUCUCUAUCAAAUGGUCUAUGGACAAACACCCUUUUAUAAAUUACCUGUGCACCAAAAGAUCAUUCAUAUACCAAACCGUGAUUUUCAGAUUGAAUUCAGUCCUACAAUCCGAUCAGAAGUGAACAACCAAAUCAUUCAACUGCCGCCCAUGUUAAUCAAAUUACUCGAAGGCUGUCUGGACCGUACACCUGCAUUACGGCCAACACUCUAUGAACUUAUGACACAUCCUUUUGUAAAUAAUAGCUGUUAAUGUGUGUAUAAAUAAAA